GAGAAGAAGGAUACCAGAGGAGUUUGUUCAUGGGUCAUCACUGCUGCACGAAGCAGAAGGUCAAGAGAGGCCUCUGGUCUCCUGAGGAAGACGAGAAGCUCAUCGACCAUAUCAUCAAGCAUGGCUACAACUGCUGGAGCACUGUCCCCAAAGAAGCAGGGUUGCAGAGAUGCGGAAAGAGUUGCAGACUGAGGUGGAUCAACUACUUGAGGCCUGACCUGAAAAGAGGCUCCUUCUCGGCAGAAGAAGAGAGAACCAUAAUCGAUGUCCAUAGAAUUCUAGGCAACAGAUGGGCUCAGAUCGCAAAGCAUCUCCCUGGAAGAACAGACAAUGAAGUGAAGAACUUUUGGAACUCCUGCAUCAAGAAGAAGCUGAUAGCACAGGGCCUGGAUCCAAAGACACACAACUUGUUGGCUUCUUCUCGAUCUAUUAACACCAUGAACAAUAAUAUUUCAGAUGAGCUUUCUCAGUUCGGCUAUGCGCAAUCCGCUCAUCCUGCGCCAUUCACCAUUAGUCCUCCUAUCAAAGGCUUCGACAAGACGAAGCAGUACACCAACUCUUUGGAUCACUGCAGCUUCAACUCAUCACUCCCUAAUGUGGAGGCGAUUUUGCCACCAUUGCUUAACUCUGGUACUCUUCCCUUGUAUGAUCAGACUGCAGAAGUUGGUGCAAUUUCUAUGCCUAACUUCCAGUACCCGCAAGAGAACAUGAUCAGUGAGCAUCAACUCCUGAUGGGGUUCGAGGAUCAGGUGAUCAACAAUUCACAAGCUCCAAUCGAGUUUACCACCAAUGGUGUCUCUUCUUCUUCUUCCCUGGAUUACACAAGCAUGUCCUCCUCUUCCUUUGGGUAUCAACCAGCUGCUUCAGGUUUCAGCUGCUUGGGUGACAAUGCUUGGGAUGGUGGUGCAAUGGAAGCACUAAAUUUAAAGCAGGGUCAUGUAGAACACUUAGGGCAAGGUCAUCAAAUGGAUGCAUCAUAUGCCACAGCCCUUGACUUUGACAUGCUAGAGAGUGCAUUUUUGGCUGCUGGAGCUGAGUUUUGCAAUGGGAGUAGUGCAGCAAUGGAGAACCUGCAAUGGCACUGUUAAUUAAUCAGGUGUAAUUUAAUUAAUUCCGUUUCUUAAUUUCUGUCUUCUUAAAUUUUUAAACUGCAAGAGGAAGAUGAUGAUCUGAUGAGAAGGUGCAUGUGACCUUUUUUUUUUUCCACCCCUGAAUUGUAUCUCCUG